AUGCGGACUCUCGUCGUGGGAGACGAGAACCUCUCGUUCUCCGUCUGCCUCGCUGGCAACCCUGCGUUCGCAGCCGAUGGGCUCGACGUCGCGUGUGGAGUCCACGAGGAACAGUUGAAGGACGAGGCGAAGGAGUUUGUGGAACAGCUGCGCACUGGAGGCUCACGCGUUCACUUCGGCGUCAAUCCUGCGCAACUCCGAAAUUACUUUCCCCCCGGCACUUUCGACCGUGUCAUUCUCGUCCUCCCAGGGCUCGCGUACCAUGGGUGUCCGUCGCUGGUUGGGUUCGGCAGCGAGUUGUUCGUUCUUCGACUCCACCUCUUCUGCUUCAGUGUGCUGAAGUCUUCGCGUCCCAUCGUGCGAGCAAAUGCGGAGUAUCAGCUUCUGUGGCCUUCGCGGCUGCCGACCCUGGCGCUGCUGAAGAAGUUCCCCGAGGAUUUCCACGCAGGCGAAGACGCCCCCGCGGAUCCGAGCCAAGUCGCAAAGGCUGCGCCAGCAGGAGAAAGCGACGCUGAAGCUGCAGAGGAAGAGAAGGCCGACAAGGCCGACGAACCGUCUGCGACGGCUGACGAGACGCAUGCGCAUGCAGAGGAGGCAGGCAGUGGAGACGGGGAGGCGCCCGGCGCAGCAGACGAAGCGUCAGGUGCGGGGAACGGAAAUCCGGACUCGCCUCAGGAGCCCGAGGGUGAUGAAAAAGGCAUGCAGCCCUCUGCACUCGACGGAUUCCCGAUGAUCGACAUGGACAAACUCGCCAAAUUCUGCUCCAUUCAAAGGCCCCUCAAUCAGGACUAUCGGCUGCCUCUGAGCAGCUUCGGCGCCUGGCGACCGAUGGUGCAUCGCCACGAGUCCCCCGAGAACGGCGUCAGCGGGACUCUCUUCGAAGGCGUGGAGGAGAAGACUGCGCCGUGGCUGGAGCGUCUGGUAUUUUACGCUUUUCGCCACCAGGAAGACGGAAAGAAGGAGGAAGGCGCAAACCCCGAAGACUACAACAUCCUCCGCGUUCCGUCCAGCGUGAUGCAGUACUCCCGAGAGAGGCUGCCGCACGUAAAUGAACUUUUCCUCUUCAAGCUGUUUGGGGCCAGAUCCGUGUCUUUGCUCGUCAGCAAACUUUCGCUCAAAUACGACCCUCGAAUCGCAGGCUGGCGUGGCCAGGGCCUGGGGGCGGCUCAGCGGGCCCCAGCGGGCGGGGCUCCUAUAGGGGGACACUCCGCCCCGGGGGCCUACUGGGGUCCGCCCCACUUUGCGGCUCGGGCGUCCGGUCGCGGGCCGCAUGCGCCCGGAUUUUGCCCGCACCGCGGCCCCGGAGGGCCCUUCUACGGGGCGGGCUCCCCGCGACCCCACAUGGGGCCCGGCGGCCUAGGCCCCGGCGUCGAUGUGCGGGCCCAAGGGUACCCCGGGGGCGGGCCCCGCGGCGGGCCGGGCCCGAUGUGUGGGCCGCAGUCGGGGGCGCUGGGCGGGGGGCCUCGCCCCUUCGCCGGGGGGACCGGGGACAACGGGUACGGGGCCAGCGGGCCUGCGGGAAGCCCGGGAGCCGGUCUUGGCGAGCACGCGGGGUACGUGGGCUCUGUGGGGCCCGCAGGCCGAGACGCGGGCGCGACAUUCGCCGGGUCAAGUGCAGUGGCCAGAUAUGAAAGCUUCGGCCACACAGGCGUCGGAGGUCCCCAAGGCGGCACUCCGACAGGCUACAGCCACGGGGGCAUGCAAGACCAACCGUACUCUGGUUACGGCCAGGGGGCAGAGUCCAGCCAGCCCGUGUCCGGGUAUGAAUGCGGGCCUGCGCCUCACGCUGCCACAGGCUUUCCGAGCGCCGCCGCGAACAGCCACGGAGCGGCGGGUGGAGGCUCCUCGGGGUAUUACCAGACGAAAUCGAAUGCGUAUUCGUACGGCUACGGCGCCAAUGAAGCGGCCCCAUCAGGUGAGGACGUGUCAUCUUAUUCGUCGCAUUCGUUCCCCUCUGGGCCUCCUCCGAAGCGAUGGCGCACCGGCGAUCCCUCUGUCCCUUCGCCCUCGGCUCCAUCUCCCUACGGGGCCUACCGUCAGCCUUGUCACUCUGGAGCCCCCACCGCAGAUGCAGAAAAUCCGUAUCCUUACUCGGCGCCGUACGAUCAGGCCAACGGGACAAUGUCCUCGGAGACCUCUCACGGCGCUUCACAGGGCGGUUGGGGCCCAGGUGCGGGGAGUGUCUCCGCGUAUGGGGCGCAGGGUGUCGACAGCUACUACAGCGGACCCAACCAACCGGGAGGGAAUGCCGUCGGGGGAGGCCGGGUGCACGACCCAAGCGGAUACUACACACAAGGCGCGACUCCCAACUCAGGCGCCACGUAUGUGAACGGCGGCGGGGCAUCUGUCGGGCCGUCUGCCGCCGCGGGGAGCACUGCAGCCCAGUGGUCUUCGGUUUCGGCGGGCGCGGGCGACGCGAAGGCUGCGGCUGCGGGAGGCGCCCCAGGCUACGAUCACCUUUACCAAGACCCGACGCACGCAUUUUCCCGUUCGCCCUCCGCUCCCGGUCCCUACGGAAAUGCGCGCUCUGCGCACGCUGCCUCGGCGACGUACUACUGCGCCCCGCCCUCGGCGAGCGGGGACGUGGCAGCGGGACACGCCUCCGGGGCACCAGGCCCGUCAGCGAGGCCCGCCGGGACAGGGUACGGGCGCCCAGGCCCUGGAGGGGGCCAAGGGAGCACGGCCGGCUAUUCGGGGACCUAUGGAGGCGGCUCGAGCGCCGGAGGGGCGAGCGCCUCAGCGCCAAGCAACGUGAACAGCCAACCGGGGACUGGCCGGGGUGGAACCAAUGGAGGCUACGCGAGCUACUGCUCAUCGGCAUACGGGUCUGCGGGUGGCGCGGCCGGUCCGUCUUCGGGCGCCGUGAAGGGACGGUAUGCGUACGGAAGAUUUUGA